CAAAAAACUAUUCCCAUUCCCGAUUAAUCGUCGGAGAAAAUAAGCAAAAAACUGCUUUUGUUUAAUGGAGUCGGAGCAAAGAGAUUAGAGAGACACGACGGCCUCGUCUUCGUCUCCUGCUUCCUCUCCGCUUCGCCUCUCUCCAAUCCAGCAACACUCUCAGCAAUGUUCUGUGCUCGGGACCUGCGGCGCGUGAAUUCUCUGCUGGUGGAGGGAUUCGCGGCAUGGGAGAUGUUCCUGUGAGGAAUCUUGUGUUCGUGGGAGCUUGUUCAGGCGAAGGACGGUAACCUGUUGCUCUUUCUUUCGCCCUGAAUUUUUGCUGAUUGAGAAGAGUUAGUCGCUGUGAAUCGGAGGAAAGGUGUGUGGUCUUUGGGAGGAAGGGAUUGUUGUGCGAGGGUGUUGCCAUGGCGUCGAGGGACUUCCUUGGUGGGUUCGGCGGUUCGGCGGCCGCGCCGGCGGAGGGGGCUGGGAGCGCGGCUGGCGGCGAGUCCAACGAGAUCGAGCUGAGUCUCGGCCUGUCCCUGGGCGGCUGCUUUGGCGCCGACCCGGCGCGGGAGGGCAAGAAGCCCCGCCUGGAGCGGUCCUCCUCCAUCGCUUCCAUCUGCUCGCUGCCCGGCAGCAGCGCUGGCAACGACCUCGCCGCCGCGGAGCCCCCGCCGGAGCCGGAGCAGCUCGUGCGCUCCACCUCGCUGCCCACCGAUGCAGACGAGGAAACGUGGCGCCGCCGCGAGAUGCAGUGCCAGAGGCGCCUCGCGGCCAAGCGCAAGCGCCUGGAGCGCCGCAACUCCAUGAACUCCGGCAGGUCGUCCGCCGGCGGCGGCGGCAGUGGUGCCGGCCGGGACGACUCCCAGGAGCCGUCGUACCCCAUCGGCUUGCAGCUCCGCCGCUCCGUCACCUCACAGGGGAGCACCUCGUCAAGCUUGCCAGAGCAAGGUGGUGCCGGUGGUGCUGAGGUGAAGAGCUCGUCAGCCAUGAACACCUCUUCAGACAACACCAGCGGCCAGAACAGCUCCCUCCCCUCGACUGGAUCAACCGGGAGGCCGCAGAACGGCACCGUGAGGGAGCAGCCGCCGCUGCGCACGCUCCAGUCGCUGACGAUGAGGACGGCCAGCACCGCCGACCUCCGCAAGAGAAUGCUGGAUGACAUGCCGCUGGUCUCCUCCAAGCUGGACGGCUCCAACUGUCGCAGGAUCGACGGCUUCUUGUACAAGUAUCACAACGGCGACGAGGUGCGCAUCGUGUGCGUCUGCCACGGCAACUUCCUGACCCCGGCCGAGUUCGUGAGGCACGCCGGCGGCGGCGACGUCCCCAACCCGCUCCGUCACAUCGUCGUCCAGUCUACUUCGUCGGAGUUCUUGUAAUAAUGGAGGCUGGAGUGUACCUAGGGGAGAGACAGAGAGAAGCUUAAACUUUUUUGUUUUCUCUUAAGUUUAUGAUUAGCUAUUAUGUUAGCUAUUCCCUGCAUUUCCAGUGUAGUGCAGGUUACUGUAAUUUAAAGGAGUGAACAUAGUGAGGGGUUCCGUGAGGUUAAUAAUGGUCCAAAGUGGACGUUUGGUUCGGUUAAAAGAGGCAGUCUACUUCGAUUAA